UUUGUGAAAGAGUAACGUGAAUGACUUGUCACAGUGACGCUGAUCGUCAAUAUAACGUUAUGUGUCGGGGAGUGAGACUCGUUGCACAGUGUGAGAUCUCUUCUUACCACAGACGAGUAGCACAUACGGCCCAGCUGCACGGGGGAUGUCUGGAAGCGUCAAAGCUCGCUUUGAUACAAGCUGAAGGCAAAGUAAGCGACUCGAGUCGUCGAGAGCCUGUUUCCAUGACAACAUGGGUACACGCAACAUGGAGUUCCUGCAGUGGAGUUGCGAGGAUGUUGCAAGAUGGAUUGAGUCCAUAGGUUUUCCGCAGUAUAAACUGUGCUUCACUGAGAACUGUGUCACAGGAAGAAAGCUGAUCUUUGUGGAUUGUGUCCACAUGCCAAGACUCGGAAUCACAGAUUUCAAACACAUGCAGGCCAUCGCGGCACGUGUGCGCGAGCUCCUGGGCAUCACCGAGGUCCUGUGGAGUCGCAGCAUUGCCGACCCGCCACGGGACAUCGAGGGCCUCUUUUUGGAGAUGAAGAGUCGCACGGGGGUGAAGACCGAUGAGCUCACCCCUGAGCAGCUCCUGAAAGACAUCAGCCACUGAACUUUGAAACCUCUGUAGGGUCCAGACGAAACACUUUCAUAGUUUAUUUCAUAAAUGUCAAAUGUAGAAUCAGUCAGUUUUUACAAGCACUUGAAAUUUUACGGAAACUAGUAAAACAUUUAAUGUUGCAGGGAUUUCCGUGAUUUGGUACAUUCCACAAAGAAAUCCUCAAUAUAGCGGCAAACACUGGAUUGUGUGUGUGGAGGCACAUAUUGUAUCAAACGCAAUGUUCUGCCCGCCAACUCUCUUCGUGACUCACUCACUCACUCAAGGGUUCCGACAUUCACAAUUCCCGUCCGCCAAGCAUUGUAAUUACGGCCGCUGUAAAGUGUUUCUAUUACAAUACGCUGCAUUUAAAUAAAUGUGAUAUUCUUUGAAAGAA